ACCUCAGCAAAGGUGUUGUUCUUAUCUAAAUCUGCAAUGGUCCAUAAGACAAACAUCACAUCCUUCCUGAAAUUUCUCCAUGUCUUUUUUAUAAUUCACGUAUCUAAGACAAGAGGAGCCUAGCUAAAGAAACAAAUAUAUUUGGGAGAAAAGAAAUGUGUCCCUGUAAUGACUAGAAAAAUACGGGGGCAAAUUUAAUUUCGUGUAAGCACCUGUGAAGAAUUAAAUUAAAGUAGAAUAGACCAAGGAAGAGCAAAAUCUUGUCCAUUCGCUGAUUCCUCGCACCUUCCUUUGGUCUAAAAUUCCAAGGAAGGACCCUACAUGCACCCACGAUUCUUCUUUCUUAAAUUCUAGUCUAGAGCCACUUUGUACAAACUUCAGGCCUCAUCAAACACUAUCCCGUCAAGACUCCAGAAACCAACAUGUCAUCCCAUAGAGAAGAAAGGGCCUGGAAGGAAUCCAUGGUUCGAGUCUCACAGUCCCAGAAUGAUCAUCAGCUGCCGUUUAAUGAGAAUGACUCUCAAGACAUGUUCAUCUACCAAGUCUUGAACGAAGCGAACUCUCAUGCCCUGGCAAUCAAUAACUUUCAUCAGUUUCAUGUACCCGCAAGGAACCAAACUGCCGUAACAAACGUGCUUGACCCAGCCAGGACCAUCGCCAAGAAGCACUACAGGGGUGUCAGGCGUCGCCCGUGGGGCAAAUACGCCGCAGAGAUCCGUGACUCCACUCGAAAUGGUGCACGCGUGUGGCUAGGCACAUUCAAAACAGCUGAAGAAGCUGCUUUGGCUUAUGACAGUGCAGCUUUCAGGAUGCGUGGUUCCAAGGCGUUGCUCAAUUUUCCAGCUGAAGUUGUGGCUGCGUCGUCGGUCCAAAUAUUAAGGCCAAACUUAAGCUCAACAAGCUUAGAAAAAACUAAUCUGGAUUUAGGUAGUAGCUCCAGCACGCUUUCAGUUGGGCCAUCAAAAUCAGAAUCAGAAAGCAGCACAACUGGGGAGUCCCAUAAUAAGGGUCAAAAUCAGAUCACUUGGACAAGUCCUUGAAAGUUUUCUAAGACAGGCCUCGAGGAAUCAGAAUCUACCAUUCACCCGGGACCAAAAGUCCCAAAAAAACACUAGGAUUCAGAUGUGUGAAAGUUUUCAUUUUCCCUUUGAUGCUUCAUUUGUGGGGUUACAUUUUCCCUUUUGAUUUUCUGUUUUCCUAAUGGUGUCCUUACCAUUUUUGUAUAUAAAGGAAAUAGUUAGAUCGUCGGUGUCCAAUGCAGAUUGCAACAAGUGCACAAAUGCUAUUUGAAAACGAGUACUUCAAUCUUAUUGUUUUACAACAGGUUUGUCAGUAAGGCGAAAGAUGUAAUUAGAAUGGUGAAGAAAGAGUUGAAUGGAAUUAUUGGAAUAUGAUUGAAAAAAAAUUUAUAUGAAA